UUUUUCUUCUGCUUCUCCGUUCCUGAUUCACUCAGCUGAGGUUGGACCUUGCUGUAAAAAGUGGUUACACUUAUGAGCCCAGGAUUUGCUCAACGGUUGUGUUGCUUUUUAGCUCUCGUUGUCUUCUCCUGACUUCGCUGUUUGGACGUUUCUUGUGCUCCACAUGCCGACUUUCGCUCCAGACUCUGGUCAGGCCAAUCUCAUGGACAUCUGCGAGGUGAUAAUGGAGAGGAACAGGCACGACAAUGAGAAGUCCUGUUCCACCACUCUGCAGUACCAUGACCUUGAGGCCGCUGAGGCUCUGGUGUGCAUGAGCUCCUGGGUCCAGAGGUCCCCCAAACCUCGCCCACUGACGCCCACCUCCGACUCAUGUGACUCACUCAGUCUGCACCAUGAAACCCUGGAAUCCCCCAAAGAUCUGGUGUCCCUCUCUUCACUAUGCAUGACCCCACCACACAGCCCCAGCUUUGCUGAGACCUCAACCACCUCUGCUAUCAUCACCACCAUGCCCUCUCUGGCUGGUUUGGGCCUGAAACCGUGUGUCUCACGGCCCAGAAUGUGCCCCGUACUGACCACUGGGGCAGCAACUCACAGUAGCCUGCAGGCUGGCAGCACCACAUUCCUGCCAAACAAUCUUCCACCAACAUCCUCUGAGCCACCUGCACAGUGCAGGGCCAUGGCCACCAGUGUCAUACGGCACACUGCAGAUACAUCUCUAGAUCACCACAUUCCAUCCCCUACCACAGGACAGGACAGGCCAGGACCCUCAGAGAGUCCUGUCCAGCAGCCUGAUCCCAUUGCCCAGGUCACCAUUCUGACUGAAACACAGAAAUGUAGUAGUCCAUGUACUACCACAGAAGAGGAAAGGACUGUCCCCUCAAGCAAUUCUUCAAGCUCCUCGACCCCUGUGUCACAAACCUCUCACUCCAUGCCUCAGUCUCCCAUAGCCAGCCCUCCAGUUCUCUGCCAGGUGUUUCCAGUGAACGGGCAGACUGGCAUCAUCUCCGCAAUUGUGCAGACACAUGUUCAGAUGCAGGCCACCGGGCAAAAGCCCAUCCUUCCUCAGUCAUCCUCUUUCUCCCAACCUCUUCUUGUGGGCCCUCCAGUGGCUCAGGGUACUGUGAUGUUUGUGGUUCCUCAGUCUCAGGCCCCUCCAUGCCAACAAAAUGUUGUAACUGUUGGCAACACUAAGCUCCUGCCCCUGGCCCCUGCCCCAGUGUACAUGCCCCCAGGUCAGAGUGGGGGCACUACACAGACUGACUUCUCUCGCAGGCGGAACUACGUCUGCAGCUUCCCAGGAUGCAAGAAGACCUAUUUUAAGAGUUCCCACCUGAAAGCCCAUCUCAGAACCCACACAGGUGAGAAGCCUUUCAGUUGCCACUGGGAAGGUUGUGACAAAAAAUUUGCACGCUCCGAUGAGCUUUCCAGACACCGCCGCACUCACACAGGCGAGAAGAAGUUUGUGUGUCCAGUGUGUGACCGACGCUUUAUGCGAAGCGACCAUUUGACCAAGCACACUCGCCGUCACAUGACCACCAAGCGGACUGCAGCAUGGCCCACUGAAGUCCGUGAGCUCAACAAAAUGGCCUCCUCCCAGGAAUCAUCGGCACAGUCUUCUCUGGCUCUCAGUGUGCUUUUACCUGCCUCAAACUAGGCCGAUCCUCAGGCCACUCAGUCACCUCAGGACAAUAUCCCACUGACCAUUUUACAGGGGAAACGAAAAACCAAGGCUGCUACACAUCCAUGUACAAAAUGAACUGACCUUGCACUGGAUUUUUUUUCUACCAUGGUCAUUUAUAAUGAAUUUUUGUUUACUUUUGUAUAAGUUAUGUCUCCCAAAAUGUAUGCACUUCCUUUGCCAAAGUCUUCGUGUCAGUUCAUAUUACCUAUCGUAAGCCAUUGUAUAUUUGUACAUAAAUGUAACUAUCUAUAUGAAUGUAAUGUGUAUUCAAACAUGCAUUUAAUGACAAUAUAUGAAUAAAUGUUACGUUUCUGUAAAGUGAACAGUAUUCCUACCUGUGAUACUACCUAUCUUGCUUUGAACAUUAUUUAAUAAUGAACAUUUGAAGAUUCAAAUAAACCAUCAUGUUUAUGUU